AUGGAUGAGUUAUGCACGGCUUGCCAUUGUACCGGUCGGAAACUCUUCUUUAUCACGGAAACUGGCUUCGAAAAUAUAUAUUUACAAAUUAUUAAUGAAAUACCGAUAUACAAUUUGUCCGACCUGUGUGUACGUAUUUGCUGGGAGUGUAAGGCUCUGUUACGUAAGCUACAAGGCUUCAAGGAACAAGUGAAAAGAUGUUACACCGAGUUAUUGCAGUAUGUUCAGCAGAAUACCACAAAACCUUUCCCGAGAUACCCUCGUCUCCAAACCCAACAGACUCAUCUUCUUUCUUACCCAAUAUCUGUAAAAGAAGAAGUAGAAGAGAAAUCAGCCCUCGAUAUAGACAUGCCAUUGACUGAUGAUGAUACGUUGAUGAAUGAUGAUGUACCAAUAAACGGUGAUGAUGAUUUUGAUGUGAAAAGUGAAGAAACUCAUUGUGAGCCUGAAACGUUUGUUAGAGAUUUAAAUUUAGAUGUAAUUAAGAAGAGAAAAGGAAUUAAGAAAGUGGCUAAACAUAUAAAAGAGAAAUCAAAGAAGAAACAGAAAAUUGAAAAGAAUGAAAAAGAAAUAAAGAAAAAAGUGAAAAAGAAACCUUUAGUUGUCAAAGAACCACGUCGUGUCAAACGCACUAUAGAAUCAAUUAUAGACUCUACUAUUUCUGAUUGUUACAAUAAAGAUAUGGAUCUAGAAGAUGAAGAGAAAAUUGAAGAAGAAAAGAGUAUAGAAAAGGGAGAAAAAUCAGAAGAGGCAACUGGAUUAACAGACACAGCUGACAAUGUAGAAAUAAUGAUAUAUCCAGCUGCAGGAUUUAAGCCGAAGCUCCGAAAGCCUCCGACCAAGUCAAACAACGUGGACAUCAAGAAAGUUACACAGUCUGAAAGACCCACAUGCACUGAGUGUGGGAAGACCUUCAGUUCUAGGAAGACUUAUAAAUAUCAUCUCAACGUACUACAUAAAGGACAAAACAGAUAUCCCUGCCCUCAAUGUGGGAAAGUGUAUCAAUGGAAAUCGAACCUGGGACGGCACAUUAGAAGUCACAAGGCGCGCGACUCAGGCGAGUUGUACUGCGAGACUUGUGACAAGCGGUUCGCUUCCGUCGCCACGUACAGACAACACCUCAGGAUAUCGCGGAGACAUGUCUCCGAGAGCGAGUUCAGUUUCAGUUGCAACGACUGCGGCAAGAAAUUUGUGAACAAGACUCGGCUGAGGGACCACAUCGAUUGGGAACACCUCAAGAAGAUUAAAUUCAAAUGCGUGAAGUGUAAUAAGCCGUUCAAGUGCCACACUUCCCUGUAUGUGCACAUGCAGAACGUCCACUGCGCCAAGGACCAGAAGCUGAACCUGUGUCAUGUCUGCGGCAAGUCUUAUCAGAACGCGGCGAAGCUGAAGUACCACAUCGUGGCGAUGCACACGAGCGAGACUCCCUACCAGUGCCAGCAGUGCAGCGCCGCCUUCGGCUGGUACUCCAGCCUCUACCGACACGUCAAGGAGGUGCACUACAAGAUAAAACUCCAAACCAAGAAGGGCAAGAAGCAGAAGAAGACGGAAGUGUUGCCGUCUCUGUUGCCGGUGAUGUCCCAACAACUAAUGUUGCAGCCCAUUCACCAGCCGGGGCCGGCGUGA